AUGGCAUCUAGCACUACCAACGGAUCCAAUAGCGUGCCCGCUACGCAGAAGGCAGCUCAAUUCAACCCCAGCGACCAGUCCGUGUCCAUCAAUGAGAUUCCGGUACCGUCUAUCAAGCCUUACGAGAUCCUCGUCAAAGUCAAGGCGGCAUCACUAUGCCACAGUGACCUGAUGCUGUUCGAAGAGAACGAGCAGGGUUUGAAGCUUGGAAGUGGGGAGCCUUUCACCAUGGGCCAUGAGGGGUGUGGCACAAUCAUUGAGGUUGGCUCGGAAGUAGGCGAUAACUUCAAGCCAGGUGAUCGUAUCGGUUGGCUACCCAUAGUCGACUGCUGCUACGACUGCGAAGAGUGCCAAAUCCAUAAUCUUUACUGUGAGAAAGGUACCUCUAAAGUGCAAGGCAUGACUGUCGAUGGAUAUUUCCAAGAAUAUGCUGCCAUCAACUGGAGGAAUGCUGCUCACAUUCCGGAUGGCAUGGAUUUGGCUAAUCUGGCACCUCUGUUCUGCGCAGGCUGCACUGCUUUCAACUCAGUGACAGACACGAUCGCGGAGCUGAAAGGUAUCCCAGAGGAGAACUGGGUCGCUGUAGUCGGGUGUGGAGGACUCGGUCACCUCGGCAUCCAGUACCUCAAAGCUUUCGGCUAUAAAGUUAUUGGUAUUGACCUAUCCGCUGAUGCUGUUGAAGAGGCUCUAGCACAGGGUGCCGACCACGUCUUCAAUCCAAUGAAGUGCGCAGACUAUAUCGAUCAAGUGCGACAGAUCACAGGAGGCAAAGGUUGCCACGCCGUCAUCAAUUACACCAAUUCUGUACCAGCAUAUUCGAACGCUGUCGGACUGCUGCGGAUGAAUGGCGUCCUGAUGGUGACUGGAAUCCCCCAGAAGCCGCUCCAAUUCUCGGCGAUGGAUGUGUCCAUGAAGAGAAUCCGUGUGAGAGGAAGUAACAAUGGUACCACGCCGAGGCUGAAGAAGUGCGUAGAGUUCAGCUACAAGCAUGGCAUAGAGCCGCAUGUGACGCAGUUCAAGCUCGAGGAGUUUCCUAAGAUGGUGGAGUUGAUGCGGUCGAACAGGCAUAAGGGCAGGCUGGGGGUACUAUUUCAAUGA